AUGGUGUGCAAAGUGCACAGGAUGGAGGAGGAACCCCCCGAGGAGGAUAAGAAGCUCGAGACGACGAUGGAGACAGCGAUCGUGGCGCCAAAAACGUCGAACGACGCCUGGGACGGCGGAGCACGUGUUUCCGGUCAGGAAGAGUUCACGUGUUCCCUCUACAUCUCGCGUGCUGUCGGCCCGCAAGGUCAAGUGCAAGGAACGCAAGGUGGUGACGUGUUGCUGCGCCCGAAUCUGGAAGAAACGAUCCGUGCGUCCGACCCCUUGGCCGCGUGGCACGUGUCUGAGACACCUUGCGGCCUGAUCGCUGCAUUCGCGCGCGAGGCUGACGCGGAGAAGCUUCUGCAACGCGGGGAUCUGGCGCGAGUUUUCGAAGGACCCGUACAAGUUGCUCGAUUCUCGGCGAAGGAUUCCCGGUACAGGCAGGCGGUUCUCUUGCGCGACGUGCCCUGGGCCAUUCCAUUGCAGGACAUUAAUUCUGCGCUGUCGAAACAGGGGAUCGCGACGGGGAGCGUCGAACGCUGGCGACAAUACAUCCGCGUCGAGGUGCUCGACGCUGGACAUUACGAGCUACUGUUACGUCAGGGUCUGGACUUUUUCGGGGCGGCCCGGUUCGGUGUGAUUCCUGAACGUUGGUGGCGCGGCGCGACCGGAAGCAUCGGUGGCCCGCUGCAGCCCGGCCCUGGAAUGGCAAACAACUUCCUGGAGGCGACGAGUCUUCAAACGGGGGACGGUGUUCUCCAGUGUUAUCGGUGCCAGGGAUUCUGGCACAUGGCUGCCAACUGCAGACACCUGCCCCGUUGCGUUCGGUGCGGAGAACCGCACAGCGUCGAGUUCUGCCCGCGGCCACGGAACAAUCCCAUUUGUUGUCACUGUUCCGGUCCCCAUCACGCCGGCUACCGUCAGUGCCCGGUCCGGCAGCAACUUUCGAACGCUACGCCGAUUAGCAUCACGCUGAGCACCGGUCGGAUCGGAAAUCAGUAUCCGGUGAACGCCGCGUCGAAGACGAACGCGGUGUCCCACGAGCAGCAGCCUUUGAAGUCGAGCCAGUCGUAAACGUACGAGAAUUACGUUCAGGCGUCGCGCCGUGUGCCCGCUUAUCGCCACACACCGACCUUACCGUUUGUAAAUUGUUCGACGUUUUAUGGGUCACCGAAGGUAUUCAACGUGCUAGGCGUUAUCGCGGCACCGAUAAAUUUUUCUGUUACGACGUCGAAAAUUUCUAGAACGGGAACGGACGCUCGGCGAUUCGACGCUCGAUGAGAAAAAAAGAAAUAAAAUGGAGACGCUGUUUCGCUUCUGCAUCGUUUGUGAAACGUUUACAAAUUCUGGGUAAUAAAUAACCUAUAACGCAACGCAGCUGUCGUUUCGUGAUUUCUACGCGAGAAUUUCAAAAUUCCGACGGGAGCGUACGCGCGCCUUCGACACGUUCUCUACGGUACGAAAUCCGCAUCUACGGGGCGAUCGAAAUGUUUCCGACGACGUACGAAGUAGAGGAAAAAUUCGUAUCUGUUGCUCGUUGAUUGAAAAUUAAACGACCGUUAAAUGUUCGCGAUGGAUAAGCUGAAAUAUCAAUAUUUAUGCCCGAAAAUGCUGAUUUUACACAACACGUAAAACCUAACACCAUUUUGUGUGUCACGUGU